AAUUUGUUGGGUGUACCAUAUACACAACAGAGAGGUCACAUUUACUCUCCAUUUAAAGGUCGCCAGUGCUAUUUACUCACUUCUGUCGUUACUGCAGGAUGAAUGAAGUGCUGUCUGAGCUUCCUGGAUGAUGCAAGAAAAAGCCCUGGUUUCAGACAAUACAACAUAGCAGAGAGAGUAGAAGCAGGCCCCUCCCCUUCUUUUCCCUCUGUCUGAAGUAAGCCUGAAGAAAAGUGAAAUCCACUUCUGUCCAGAGGAGAUCCAGCAGCUGGUUGGAGCAGCAGCAGUGCAGGGAGCUUUGUAUACGACUCAAGAUGGAACAAGUACUGGCGCCUUUGAGGGAGGCUGUGAGGGAACAGGGCGACUUGGUGCAUCAGUUGAAGGAGAAAGGCGCCUCAGAGCAGGAGGUGAGCAAAGCCGUGGCAGAGCUGAAAGCCCGGAAGAAGAUUCUUGAAGCAAAGGAGCUCGCUUUGCAACCCAAAGAUGAUGUGGUGGACAGGGUGAAAAUGGAGGACACAUUAAAGAGGAGAUUCUUCUACGAUCAGGCUUUUGCCAUAUAUGGAGGUGUGAGCGGCCUGUAUGACUUCGGUCCAGUUGGCUGCGCCCUUAAGAACAACAUCCUGCAGGUGUGGAGGCAGCACUUCAUCCAGGAGGAGCAGAUCCUGGAGAUCGACUGCACCAUGCUGACCCCCGAGCCUGUCCUCAAAACUUCAGGGCAUGUGGAUAAAUUUGCUGACUACAUGGUAAAAGAUGCCAGGACUGGAGAAUGCUACAGAGCUGAUCACCUGCUCAAAGCUCACUUAAAAAAACUGAUGUCUGAUGAGAAAUGCUUGGUGGAGAGGCGAAUCGAGAUGGAGGAUGUAAUCACUCAGAUGGAUAACUACACUCAGCAGGAGCUGGCUGAUCUCUUUGUGAAAUACAACGUCAAGUCCCCUGCCACAGGAAAUGACCUCACACCUCCCGUCUCCUUCAACCUGAUGUUUCAGACGUCCAUUGGGCCGGGGGGCAACAUGCCCGGCUAUCUGAGGCCUGAAACAGCUCAGGGAAUGUUCCUCAACUUCAAGCGUCUUUUGGAGUUUAACCAGGGAAAACUGCCCUUUGCUGCUGCUCAGAUAGGAAACUCCUUCAGGAAUGAAAUCUCUCCUCGCUCCGGACUCAUCCGUGUUAGGGAGUUCACCAUGGCUGAGAUUGAGCACUUUGUGGAUCCAAAUGACAAGGUCCACCCUAAAUUCUCCAAUGUGGCUAACCUGGAGAUCAUGUUGUUCUCGUCGAAGGCCCAGACCAGCGGACAGUCUGCACAGAUCAUGAGGCUGGGGGAUGCUGUGGAGCAGGGAGUGAUCAACAACUCGGUGCUAGGCUACUUCAUUGGAAGAAUCUACCUGUAUCUGAUUAAAGUGGGGCUCUCCAAGGAUAAAGUGCGCUUCCGUCAGCACAUGGAAAACGAGAUGGCUCACUAUGCAUGCGACUGCUGGGACGCAGAGUCCAAAACCUCCUAUGGUUGGAUAGAAAUUGUGGGCUGUGCUGAUCGUGCCUGUUACGACCUCUCGUGUCACUCCAGAGCAACCAAAGUCCCUCUGGUGGCCGAAAAGCCUUUGAAAGAACCCAAAGUAGUAAAUGUCGUCCAGUUUGAACCUAACAAAGGAGCCAUAGGGAUGGCCUACAAGAAAGAUGCCAAGUUGGUCCUGGAGUACCUGGCUGUCUGUGACGAAUGCUUCAUCACUGAUCAGGAGAAGCUUCUCAGUGACGUUGGGGAGUUCAGGAUCGAGACAGAGGGCAAAACGUUCACACUGACCAAAGACAUGGUCGGUGUGAAGAGGUUCCAGAAAACCUUGCACGUGGAGGAGAUUGUUCCCAAUGUAAUCGAACCCUCGUUUGGCAUCGGCAGAAUCAUGUACUCUAUCUUCGAGCACUCGUUCCAUAUCCGGCAGGGGGACGAACAGAGGACGUAUUUCAGCUUCCCUGCCUCUGUAGCUCCAUAUAAAUGUGCCAUCCUGCCUUUGAGCCAGAACCAGGAGUUUAUGCCAUUUGUCAGCCAGUUAUCUGAGGCCAUGACCAAAAACGGUCUGUCUCAUAAGGUGGAUGACUCUUCAGGAUCCAUCGGGCGACGCUACGCCAGGUCGGACGAGAUCGGUGUGGCCUUUGGCAUCACCAUCGACUUCGACACGGUGAACAAGACGCCUCACACGGCCACUCUGAGAGACCGGGACUCAAUGAGGCAGAUCAGGGCCGAGAUCUCUGAGUUGCCAGGGAUGAUUCGAGGUCUGUCUAAUGGCACCUUGACGUGGGCUGAGGUGGAGAGCAAGUACCCCAUAUUUGAAGGACAGGAGACCAGCAAGAAGGAAUGACCAGGCUGGGACUCCUCUACUGUACGCACAGGGUCCAUAGAAAGAUUUGAAACAAUAAGUUUGCUACCUUAAAAAAAUGUGUGAUAAAUUCACCUGGGAAUAGUUUAUGAUGAUAAAGCAAAGGCCAAACAUUAUGACUAUCUUUAUCUGUAUCUGUCUUUAGACUUAUAUUAUGGUAUACACAUCAAGUAUGCAGCAGCAUCUCGAGAUUCAAAUGUGUCACAUAGACUGAGGGAAAACUACUCACAAACAUGCUGGAGGUUGAAUGCCGUCCCCCUGUGGCCUCCUACGUUGAACAGUAUUAUUGUCACCUGAGCAACUCUCUUAACUGCUCCCAGUGGAUGUGUAGCACUGAUGCUCUGAAAGCAGAAAACAAAACUUGGUUGACUUUUCUAAAUAAAUGUCAUAUGGCUCUUUUCACUGUGCA